AUGGAGGCUACAAGUCAACACACGGACAAAUCGUCUUCCAUUCCGGCAAAUAGCACUGUUUACAUCAACAACAUUGAUGAUCGUAUCAAGAUCCCCGAGCUAAAGCUAGCUCUUCACGAGAUUUUUGACGAGUACGGCACAGUGCUGGAGAUAAUCGCUCAUAAGUCCCUCAGAUGCAGAGGACAAGCAUUCGUUGUUUUCGAUAAUGUGGAAUCUGCCACUACCGCCAUCGAAGAGGUGAACAAGUUUGAACUUUUUGAUAAACCAAUGGCCCUUGCAUAUGCACGAACCCGCAGUGAUGUGCACACUCUUCGUGAAGAAGGUUCCACGGCACUGGAGACCAUAAAGCAAGAGCGUCAUGCCGAGAAAGUUCGUAUCAAGGCACAGCAGGCUCUGGAGGCCGCCCAGAGACAGAAGCGCAAACUCGAAGCCGAAGCUAAAGACGACAGCCCCCAGCCUUCCAAGGUAAUCGUACGUGGUGCUGGACUUCAGCCCACAAAAGUCAAGCCAUCAUCUAAAAGUGAUGAAUUCUUGGCACCCAACAAGGUCCUGUUCAUCCAGGGUAUCCCUGAGGAACUUGAUCAAGCGGAUUUGGAGAGUCGGUUCAGUUGUUUUGCAGGCUUUAAAGAGCUUCGUACUGUUCCCGCUCGAAAGAACAUUGCCUUUGUUGAGUACGAGAACGAGGAGUUUGCCAUCACUGCUAAGAAGGCCACCCACAAUACGAGUGUUCUUGGCCAGACUAUGCGCGUCACCUACCGAAAGGAGUAG